GGCCGCUGAUGUUGAAGUGCAGGGAUAAUAAAAGUAAAUUUAAAGUGCUCGAUCGUUCAUUAUUCUUGAAACUAUGGCACUGAUCUUAAAGCCUCGUUAAGGAUAGAUAACAAAGUUAUGUCUAACGACCCUUCUGCUUAUAUACGACAUCGUAUUGGUGAUUUAUCACGAGUUCGACCAGGCCAAGUGCAUUCUCUUGGUGCAAACUCUAUCCCAAAUGGAGAGCAUAGAUCGAGGCCAAACGAGGCAGAAAGAAAACGGAAUUAUAAGCUUAUCAUUGAUCCAGUUUUAAAAGGAAGAGGACAUCAAAAAAUUUACAGAUUUGAUGGAGAAUUUGAUGGACAAGCGGCAGUGAUUCCCAAAGAUCCCAGGUCAAGAAGAACACGUCUUUGGUCGACAAGAACUAAAGCUGAUCUGCCUAUUCCAAAAUUUAAGAUCGAUAAAUUUUACGUUGGAAUUCCUCCUCAGCGCGAUGUUAUCCUCACCGGACUCAACGAUAAUGUGGAUAAGAAAUUUCUGCAGGAUAUUUGUGAUAAAUUUGGCAAUAUCGAAGGAAUUAAGAUAUUUUACGAUCCGGUAACGAAGCGUCAUUCGGGAAAAGCCCGAGUUGGUUUUACAACAUCCGCUUCUGCAAAACUAGCUGUAGCAAAGCUCGAUGGCACAUCCAUCAUGGGCUGUAUUGUUCACGCUGAUUUUGAACACAAAGUUGAAGUGAAACACCUCCAGAAACCACACCCACCAGCACGUCGCACAUCAGACCCUGUGAAUAAAACACCACCAUCUAUUGACCGUAUCCCAGGCCACCAUGUUAUACCCACCCCACCUCCAUCUAAUUCUUCUCCAUCAAAUAGUACACCUUCAACCCCUGGAUUAGGAUUAGCUGACCCCAGGAGACGUAACAGUGGCAGCGCAGCCUCCACAAGUGGUGAUAAACAUCAAGGUAGAUCACCGUCAACGUGGCCAACACCACUAACACAACAAAACAAGGUGCCAGUGUUUGAACCAAUAUCUCCACCCUCUGAGAAACUUCCUCUCCCCCCUCCCCCCCCUCCAGAUGCUCCACCACCACCCCUCCCUGAAAAGUGUCGAACACCCUCGCCAAUUCCAAGCACAACGAAACAAGACCGUUAUCAGAACAAAGAUUCAAAAUCUUUGUCUAAAGGUUCGAGGGAUUCUCAUAAAAGUCGCCAACAUGACGAGGCUGAAUGGCGGAGACGAGAUUGGCACUCGGGUCGAGAUCGUUAUGACUACGGUUCAUACCGACGUUCAUCGACUGACGAGAGAGGAAGGGAUUCUAGAGAUUCGAGAUAUUCCUCAAAUCACAGAGAUUAUUACCCAAGGGAGAAGGAGAGAGAUAAUUAUACGAGAAACGAGCUGAGACGAUCUAGUUUUCGUGAGUCUGAAGGUAGACGAAGCCGUGACUCUGAUGAUAGUUAUGGCAGUGAAAAAAGCUCAAAGAGCUCAAAAGAUAUCUCCAAAGGCCGAUACGAUUAUGAGAAUAAAGACUCAGAGAGAACCAGAUCACCAAGACCUCGUUCUGAUGUGUACGAGAGAGAUAAAAGAGAUGCGAAGAAACCUGACAAGCAAAUCAACAAAUCUGAGGAAAUUUCUCAAAAGAAGGACAGAUUUAACAUUUCUGAUACGAAUUUAAACAAUGGCAAAGCCAGUGGGUCGCCAUUUAAUACAGACAGUCUUUCACUGAAGUCGUUGUCUCCAAGGACAGAGAAGCAGCUAGGUUUAGGCAUAGAUCUGCUCGAGAACUUAGACAGCCAAAGCAGUGUUCAGGAGAAUUAUUUACCAAUGGUCGAGGAUAUCUCGCCUGUUUCCUCACCAACACAUCAUGAGCCAAUGAAUUAUGUUUCUCCGAACGCAGAACCUUUAUCAUUUCCGCCAUUGAAACAAGCUGAAGUUGUGAAUACUGCUGUAAAGAUAGAAUCAUCCGUUGAUAACAACGUACAAACGAUAUCAACUGAGGAUAAUGAUGAUGCAAUGUCACUCUCAUCCAUCAGCUCAAAUGAAGAAACUCUUGAGGUUACUAAGCCUGUACCCCCUGUUCCCCCUCCUAUCCCCACCUUCACCCCAACCUAUGCUCCUCCAGUUCUACCUCCACCCUUUAUGCCACCGUAUAACCCUAGUAUUCCUCCACCAACCUAUCCUGCAAUGCCAAUAGUCCCUCAUCGUAUACCCAUACCACCCUUAUCGAUAGCAACCUUGCCACCGCCACAUCCUUUAGUUCCACCAUCUUUCCUUCCGACGUACCCCCCUCAAUUUGUAUCAACCCUAAACAGUGUACCCCCCACUCCCCCAGUGUAUCAAACCCCCCAAUUCCCCACCACACGCAUGCCCUCCCCGCAUGAUCAAAGACCUGUACGUAAGAAUUGGAAGAUCAGAAUUUCCGAGGAAGUUUUGAAAAGAGCCACGGAAGAGUUGGCGAUCAUUUUGAAGAAAGAUGUCAACAAAAGACUGGUUGAAAACUCAGCGUUUAAAGCUUUGGAAGGCUGGUGGGACAACACACAGAAAUUAAAGCUCAAAAAACCUUCCCCAUCGGAAACGACGACAGCGCCAUCAAACCAAACCCCAACCACGUCGUUAGCAACGGAUAUGACAUCACCUUUCACGUCAUCAUUCUCCACAACCAUGAGCCAGGGUGGAAUGCUGGGACUGCGUGCAUCCCUUCCCAAGAUGCCCUCGUUUCGUAAACGUCGCCCACCGAGCACAAGCGGAAGUGAUCUGUAUUCAAAACGGCAACGCACCGAAUCGAGGUCUGAGCGAGAACAAAAACGCAUCGUAACCGAUAGUGAUUCGGACGCUCCCGGAAAAUUGAAACGAAAACGUCAGGAUGAUUGGGUAAAUGAUGACGUAAGUGUCGGGUCUCCCUGGCAACCAGACGAUGACGUCGUUGAUGAACCACCGGCAACCAGUGUCAGGACAGAAGAGAAACACAGCAGUGUUGGUUCAACUCUUUAUACGAACAUCUACUCCAGUCUGAGUGAGUCAGAAAGUUCCCAGAGUGGCGACGAGAGUGGGUCUGAGGAGUCUGGGGAUGAUGAUAGUGAUUGGAACGGUAGUCAGAGAUCACACACUGACUCUGAAGAAGGCGACGAUGAGGAGACUGGGAAGGAUGCUGAAGACAUAUUUGAACGGAAAAUACCACAAACACCUCCAGGUACCCCGCCUAAAAGUCCACCAACAUCUCCUGCUGUCUCUGGAACACCCUCAAAUGCCUCAAUUACCCCUACCGCUAGCCCUAUCGAUGUUACCACUGUUGAUGACGAGGGUUCGAGAACGGAGGACACUAGUGGUUUAAAUAUGUUACCACAAGAUAAAGAGGGAAGUUUGGGGACACCUAUGAUUGAGGAAAGUGAACAGGAGAAAGCAGGGGAAGUGGGUAUUCUGACGAGUGAUGCGGGCGAAGAAGGGAUGAGUGAGGCUUCUAGUAUUGCCACACCACACAAACACAUUCCUGGAAAGGUUGAAUCAACGUCUGAAGAAUCCGCUGUAGACUUUAAAACUCCCCAGGUCACUCAGGGGGGCGAAGAACUGCCUGUUUCUAAGGAAACCCCGCCUGAACCUGUGGAAGAACCUGUUAUUGAACUCCCACCAGAGUUUCCUCUCCGAUCAUACUGGCAAGAUGAUAGUCUGGUCUAUGAUUUCUUGGUUUCUGGCCUGGAUUAUGAAGAUGCCAGUUAUAUGAAAAUUGGAUUCGAGAAUUUAUGUCAAGUUGGAUCAGACUCUGUAGCGAACGCGAGGUGGUCAUUUCAUCCCACUACGUCUCCUGGUGUGACGAAAGGAAGGAAUAAAAAGGUUGACAACUGCGGGGUUCGUAUUCUCGACUCGGGCAGUGCAAGAUGCGAAGGUUUUUAUAAAAUCAGUAUGAAGGAGAAGGCGAAAUAUCUUGAAGCCGCAAGAAGACAAGUUGAGGUGUCAGCGGCUGUUGUUAACAAGAAAGAUAAUGAGAAGGAAGCGAACAAAGCGAAACAACAAUCGCGAGAGAACAGAGCACUUCAGAGAAGGUUGGCUGCGUCCUUCCAGUUGGAAGAUUUUGGUGAUAUUCUCAAGUUUAACCAACUCAAGGUACGAAAGAAGAAGCUAACGUUUUGUAAAUCUCGAAUUCACGAUUGGGGAUUGUUUGCUCUGGAGCCUAUAGCUCGGGAUGAGAUGGUUAUCGAAUAUGUUGGUGAAGUCGUACGACAAGCGAUCGCCGACGAUCGAGAGAAACGUUACGAACGUCUUGGCAUCGGCAGUAGCUAUCUAUUCCGAGUUGAUUCCGACACGAUCAUCGAUGCAACAAAAUAUGGAAAUCUCGCCCGAUUUAUAAACCAUUGUUGUGAUCCAAACUGCUAUGCUAAAGUGGUAACGUUUGAGUCGGAGAAGAAGAUCGUGAUAUAUUCAAAACGGGACAUUGCCGUGAAUGAAGAGAUCACGUACGAUUACAAGUUCCCCAUCGAGGACGAGAAGAUUCCAUGUUUGUGUGGAGCUGCGCAGUGCCGAGGCACUUUAAACUGAGAUACUUCAUGCAGGGUAAUGCAAUCAUUCGUAGCACGACGCCAUCUUUGUCGUAACUCGUCAGCGUCUCGUGAUCGCCCGUAGCUUACGAAGCCGUCUUCCCUAUACGAGUCUAGCAAGGAUACUGUAAGAUCUUAUGAAUGCCUAAGAAAGUUGAUCGUUUUAGGCGAUGAAAUUUUAUACAAAUAUUAAUCUCUUAUAAACAACUAAUGAAUCUAUUCGCAAAUGCAGAAUAUUCUCUCAACAGGCAAGUUUCGUUAUCAAGAAAAAAUAGCUAUUAUCGUGUUUAGAAAGUUUAUAGUUUAAAGGUAAGCUAUAAAAUCUUUGGAUCAGACAAAGUUUCUGAAAAAUAUUUCCUAAAAACACGUUAGUUGUGGAAUCUCACCCUGCUACAAGUUCAAAACUACACACAAUAUAUAUAUUUCUAUACUUAUGUUUUUACAUGAUAGAAUUGCGCUUGUAAAUUGCAUUAAAGGUUGCAUCAUGUGAGAUGAACUGUACUCCAUGAUGGUUGCGCUCGUUUGUACACCGUGGUAUGAUAACAGUUGUAAUGUUCUUAUGGCGUCUACCUUCUAGAACUCCAAAAACUAUUUUGCUGUAUCUCAGAAUUUUCACAAUGAUUGUAAAUAUAUCUUUUGU